AUGUCUCCCCCCGCCAUUAUCGCCCCCUCCAUCCUGAGUGCCGACUUCGGCAACCUCGGCCAUGAAUGCUCGACCAAGAUGCAGGAGGGCUCUGACUGGCUCCAUGUUGAUAUCAUGGAUGGCCACUUCGUCCCUAACAUCACAUUUGGAGCUCCUGUCGUCACCAAGAUUCGAUCCCACGUUGCACGCCCCACAGAAGCAAACGGCAAGGGAACGUUCGACUGCCAUAUGAUGAUUGCGGAGCCUCAUAAAUGGGUCAAGGAUUUCAAAGAUGCCGGAUGCGAUCUUUACUGCUUCCACUACGAGGCCGCCGUGAGCUCCGUCGCCGCUACUGAGCCUGCCGACAAGACUACCACCCGUGCGACAAGCCCGAAGGAAUUGAUUAAAUAUAUCCACGAGCAGGGCAUGCAAGCUGGAAUUGCUAUCAAGCCCGACACCCCCGUGGAUGUUCUCUGGGAUAUCCUGGCGAACGAGAACAAGGCGGAACUUCCUGAUAUGGUUCUCAUUAUGACCGUGUACCCUGGCUUCGGUGGCCAGAAGUUCAUGGCUUCCGAGCUUCCCAAGGUUCAGGCCCUCCGUGAGCGGUAUCCGAACUUGAACAUCGAGGUUGAUGGUGGAUUGGGACUGGGUACGAUUGACCAGGCGGCCGAAGCAGGUGCCAAUGUGAUUGUCGCUGGCUCGGCCGUCUUUGGUGCUCAGGACCCUGCCGACGUCAUUGGAAAGCUGCGUGACACGGUCAACAAGCAGAGAAAGGCAUGA